AUGGAAGGCCUGGGCUGCUCUGGGAGUAGUAGUUCCGCGGCACACUUGUUCCCGUUGCCUCGGCGGUCGCUCCACGCCACGAAGCCGAGACACAGCGGCUCCUCCACGGGGACACUAACGGCCCGCCGGAGCCGGCCGCGCAAACGGGGGCGGGCCUCUGCGCGGUGCGGCCAAUGGGGACUGGGCCUGAAGGCCGGGGCGGGGCGGCCGCGGCGCGACGCCCGGAGUGGCGGUUGUUUCAAGAUGGCGGACGUGGCGAGCCCCUCCCGCCGGGGUGCGGCGGCGUUCUGGAGCCGGGACUUUUCUGAUGAAGAACAAUCAGUAGUAUAUGUUCCAGGAAUUUCUACAGAAGGAAAUACCAAAUCAAGACACAAGUUAAGUCCAAAAGCUGAUGCUAAACUUAAGACUUCCAGGGUUACUGCCUCUUCAAUCUCCAUGGAGUCUUUAAAAGGUGCAGGGGAUUCAGUAAAUGAACAGAAUUUCCGCAGGGGAGGAAUAAAGAGUGCGUCGUUGAAGGAUUUAUGUCUCGAAGACAAAAGACGCAUUGCAAAUUUAAUUAAAGAACUGGCCAGAGUAAGCGAGGAAAAGGAAGUGACCGAAGAACGAUUCCGAGCUGAGCAGGAAUCAUUUGAGAAGAAGAUCAGGCAGUUGGAAGAACAGAAUGAUCUGAUCAUCAAAGAAAGGGAAGCUCUUCAGCUACAGUAUAGAGAAUGCCAAGAACUUCUAAGUCUCUAUCAGAAAUAUCUAUCAGAACAGCAAGAGAAGCUCACCAUGUCUCUCUCAGAACUUGGUGCUGCUAGAAUGCAGGAACAACAGGUAUCCAGUAGGAAAAGCACUCUUCAGUCUUCGGCUAUGGAACUAGAUGGUUCCUACUUGAGUGUAGCCAAAUCACAAUCCUGCUAUCAAACCAAGCAGAGGCCUAAGUCUGCAAACCAGGACUCAGCUUCAGAAGCCCUUCUGCAGUUUAGGAAUAAUUCUUUGAAACCAGCAGACUUCCGUUAUCCCAAAACGGACCUAGACAGGGUGUCAUCAAAGACCAGAACAUGUGACUAUGGAUCUCCAGGGAGAGAACUGGCAGAUACAGUCCCUACAGAGAAGGUUCCACCAGCAGAAUUGAAGAUGAAAGAAUGCCAACCCCUGAAGCCUACUCCUCCCAGUCAGUGUUGUGGUCAUAGACUUUCUGAAAAUGUAGAUCCUAUUCAUGAAAGCCAUCCUAUACACAUGGCCCCUCAAUAUUCCAGAACACAUCUGGAAUCAUGCAGUUAUUGUGGGCUCUCCUGGACAUCCCUGAUGCAUGGUCAAGGGACCCAGCAGUCUGGUGAAACUGAUGUCAAAAAGCAACUCUCAGAAAAUAGAAGACAGCAACUUAUGCUUCAGAAAAUGGAGCUGGAAAUUGAAAAAGAGCGCCUUCAGCAUCUGCUGACCCAGCAGGAGACAAAGCUUCUCCUAAAACAGCAGCAGCUUCAUCAGUCUCGACUGGAUUACAAUUGGUUAAGAACUCAAGCUGUAUUUAAGUCAAGAGAACUCCUUGCUGCUAAAGAGUUUACCAAACCCCGAGAAUUCAAUCUGGAUAUGAAUGGGGAUGACUCUGGACCAAGUUUAUUGAAGUCAAAAUGUGAUGGCUGGCUGCUGGGAGGAUCAUCAUCCAUCAAAAAGUACCAAGAAUCCACGAACAGCAAUGAGACUAGAAGGGAGAAGACAGUUGGGUUUCCAUCACAUACAGAAGAUGAUACCCUAUGGACAUGUCAAAAGAAAGAUACAUAUCGACCCCAAAGAGGAACAGUGGCAGGCGUUAGAAAAGAUGCAUCCACAUCUCCUAUGACAACAGGAAGCCAAAAGGAACUUGUAAUCACAAACCCAUCAGUAUUGCAGCAUGACACUUCCAGGUAUGAGACAUCUCUGCUGGAUUUGGUUCAAUCCCUGAGUCCAAAGUCUGCUCCCAAACCUCAGCCCCAUCCCUCCAGAGAAGCUGGGGCCUGGAAUCACAGUACUCGUCGACUCAGUCCUCGAAAAUCAAUCUGGAACAAGAUGGGGACAGGCAGGACCCCCGAAGACCUAGAGGAGAAUCAAAUUCUGGAAGAUAUCUUUUUCAUUUGACGUUGAAACACACGCUACAAAUUUCCAUCCGAAAUGUGUUUGCUUCUCAAUAUCCUGAUCUAGGAUUUUAAAUUAUUUGAUUGCAAAGUAA